AUGGCUCAGCAGACAUAUUCAGUCCACGCAACAGUUGCACAUGUUCCUACCAGUUCCCCUGCGACUGUGUACACGUCUAACGCAGACCCAACAGCCCAGCAUGGAUCCACCACCCUGACGAACGCCACGCACGUCCAUUCCAACGACACAAGGGUAGCGCAUGUAACUACCGGUUGCACAACACCGUCGCAUGUCACCUCUGCCCACGCGAACGCUCCAGCGGCCUAUCCAAACCACACCACCGCGGCGCAGGCGUUGACCACGUACACCACGAUGCCAUACUCGAUGCCCACCACGACGCAGACCUCGCACUCGCCCGCCGUCUACUCAGCGGCUCAGCACCUGCACCACCUCCAGCGGUCUGCUCCUUCGACGGUCACACCAGACGCUUAUCCGGACGAGAAACUGCGACACUCAGCCCCUCGCUCGGUCGUGCCUCAGCCGGCCACCUCUGUCCCUUAUUCUGCUCCUCCAGCGCCUUCGGUCCCCCAGUCUUCGGUCGUCUCGGUCUCACUCAGGCCCCACUCCUCCCCUCCAGUCCCGUAUUCCGUCCAUUCGGUCCCUCAUUCAGCUGCAUCGGCCCCUCACUUUGCCCCAUCUGGUCCCCAUUCCGCCCCUUCCGUCCCUCACUCCGCCCGUCAGCCCCUCACUCGGUGCCCUUCCCAUCGGCCUGUCCCCUCGGUCCCUCACCCAGCGCCCCCCGCCCCCACGCCCCUCGACCCACCACCCCGCCCUCCAGCGCCCACCCGGUCUCCCCGACCGACCCGCACUUCUCGCCCCGCGACCGCCUCCCCUCCCACGGCGCCCACCCUUCGCUGA